CCUGGCUCGUUUGGAUCGUUCUAAUUUCUUCUGAUCCCCCCUUCUUUGUUGCGAGCAGUCGAAUCCGAUUGUUUCCUACUUCGACGGUUACUCCAAUGCAUCCAGUUAGUCGCGGGAUUUUGUUUGCUACUGUGUGGAGUAGUAAUCUGAUCCAUCCGUGGUUCGAUUAGGUUCUUGUUGUUCGUCUUCAGCGCGUCGAUCUCAGUGUCCGAGUACGCGGAUUUGGGUCCCAUUACCCUAAACUCGUACUUACUACCAGUAGCGGUUUAUUUUUUUAAAAGGGGGUUUAAGUGAACCCAGUUAGUUGUUGGUUUUCAAGAUAUCCUAUAAUUGGUAAUGCAUUUUUUAGUAUCAUGUUGUUCUCGAAGUUAAGGAGGUCGUAGUUUAGCAGUCAAUGGCUAGUUUAAAUUGAAGAGAUUAGAUCGGACAGGGACACAAUUCUUACUAUUCAUUUUCAAGAAGAAUUAGAGACUAGAAAACAGGUAGAACAGGAGCUGUUGAUGUGUGCGGUGUGCCACACUGAGCUAUGUGUUUGUGACUUCGUGUGAUUGGUAUUUGGUGCCUGACAUCUGGAGAACACAUUGAUUGCAGGGUCUUAUUAUCUUUUAUUUUACUUUUGGUAACAGGAAUAUUAGAGAUUUCAAGUUCAGUCCUUCGGUUUUGGGAAUGUUCCAGUGGUUGUCCAUUGUUUUGCACAUUUCCUUAGCAAUAAUAGAAAUAUUGCACCAUUCGAGAAUGUAUAUUGAUUGCAGGGUCUUAUUAUAUUUUCUUUUACUUUUGGUAACAGGAACAUUAGAGCUUUCAACUAACUGUUCAGUCAUUCGGUUUUGGGAAUGUUCCAGUGGUUUUCCAUUGUUUUACGCAUUUCCUUACCAAUAAUAGAAAUAUUGCACCAUUGGAAAACUUAUAUUGAUCGCAGGGUCUUAUUAUAUUUUUCUUUAAUUUUGGUAACAGGAACAUUAGAGCUUUCAACUAACAGUUCAGUCCUUCAGUUUUGGGAAUGUUCCAGUGGUUGUCCUUUGUUUUGCGCAUUUCCUUAGCAAUGAUAGAAAUAUUGCACCAUUGGUGAUUGUGUUUGUAUGACUUUGUAGUGAAGAUUCGUUCAAUAAAUGCAGAAUUUUAUGCUAGUUAAUGUUGUCUGAAGUUUUUCUUUAGGAAUAUUGGGAAUAUUUAUCAAUAGGAAGGAGUUGUUUGUUAGCUCAGUUAUUAUAGGGUUGUUGUAUCCGUGGAAGAGUCCAAUAGUGUUUGCUUGGCCUAUUGUUGUAAUAUUGAAAAGAGGAAGCUGUUAUGCUUCAUUCUUGCAUUACUUUUUGUGGAAAAUGGUGAUGCACACCUGCCAACCGUUUAUUAUUUGAGACAUCCAUAAUUCAUGAGAGAAAUUAUGUUCAGAUGUUACAGAACAUGCAGUCAUGCUAACUUCAUAAUGGAAUUACCACAUAAAUAAAAGCUUUUGGUUGUGUCUUAGAUAUUGUUGACAAUUUCAUUGGCUGUGUGGUUCAAAUUCUAUAGGAGAGAAUUUUGAUUGCAAGUGUUCAAUCUUUGAUGCUCUUGUUUACUGAAGAUUUUGUUAAAAAGCAAAAACAUUCUAUGUAUGUUGCAUUCUUUGUUGUUAUGCUUUGGAAUUUUUAAUUAAAUAUUUUUCAAUAGGGAAGGGCCAGCAUGCUCUAUGUAGAAGUGUUGCAGGAGACUAACAUGAGUUUGGACGUAUUACAGAAGUACAAAAGAAGAUUUGCCCCUCAGUUUCUGAAUCCUUCAAUCCUCUAGCCUGUUGAAGAGCCAAACCAAGAGUUUUGGCUAAAGAGAACAAUCACAACUUUAGCCCACAUUACUGUCUCUGACAGUAUGGCACUGAAAAAUGCGAUCCGUUUCAUUUUGAUGCUGAUCCAUGUGAGCAGUUGUUUGGGUCGAUCAGGGAAUAUGUUUUCUCCUGGCUUUGUUUCAGUGUCAAAGUCAUUACCAAGCUGGCCGAUUUUGAGUGCAGGAACAUCUGUAACUGUUGCACUUGUUCUGUCCCUGUUUCUAAUCUUUGAGCAUCUCUGUGCAUACCAUCAACCUGAGGAGCAGAAAUUCUUGAUUGGUCUUAUUCUGAUGGUUCCGGUAUACGCUGUUCAAUCAUUCUUCUCGUUACUGAAUUCAAAUGUUGCAUUCAUCUGUGAACUGAUGCGGGACUGUUACGAGGCAUUCGCCAUGUAUUGCUUUGAGAGAUAUUUGAUAGCAUGUUUAGGUGGGGAAGAAAGUACCAUUAGGUUUAUGGAGGGUCAGCUUCAUAUCAAUGAGAUCUCGCCUUUGCUAGAUGCUGAUUAUGAUUAUGGCAUUGUGAAACAUCCUUUCCCAUUGAGCUGUUUUAUGAGAAAUUGGUACCUUGGUCCUGACUUCUACCAUGCUGUGAAAAUUGGGAUUGUGCAAUAUAUGAUACUGAAGCCUAUUUGUGCUGUCUUGGCAAUUUUUUUGGAACUUCUGGGAAUCUAUGGAGAAGGAAAGUUUGCAUGGAAAUAUGGGUAUCCAUAUUUAGCUGUUGUCCUAAAUUUCAGCCAGACAUGGGCAUUAUAUUGCCUUAUACAAUUUUAUACUGCUACCAAGGAGAAGCUGGAACCUAUUAAGCCCCUAUCCAAGUUUCUAACUUUCAAAUCUAUUGUAUUUUUGACCUGGUGGCAAGGUGUUGCUGUUGCAUUUCUUUUCUCAACUGGUCUUUUUAAAGGACAUUUGGCGCAAAGAUUGCAAACACGUAUCCAGGAUUACAUUAUAUGCCUUGAGAUGGGAGUUGCGGCGGUUGUCCAUUUGAAAGUAUUUCCAGCUAAACCUUACAGGCGUGGUGAAAGAAGUGUUCCAAAUUUUGCUGUCAUGUCUGACUAUGCAUCUCUGGGAGCUCCAGAUCCUGAAGAAGACACAGGGAUCAACAGCUUAACAAUCUUGCGAACUCCUCCUCCUGAUGGUAAAGACAGGCGGUUGAGUUUUCCACAGAGUGUUCGUGAUGUUGUGUUAGGAAGCGGUGAAAUUAUGGUUGAUGAUGUCAAAUAUACAGUUUCCCAUGUCGUGGAGCCUAUGGAGAGGAGUUUUACAAAGAUAAAUCAGACAAUUCAUCAGAUCUCUGAAAACGUCAAGCAGCUUGAGAAGCAAAAGAGGAAGGCAAAGGACGAUAGCUAUCUCAUUCCCCUGAAACCAUGGUCAGAGGAAUUUUCAGAAGCUCAUGAUCAUGCUGCGGGUGGUAGUUUUAGUGACAGUGGAUUAGGUAAGAAAAAGUACAUCAGGAAUUCAAAUAGGCUCAGAUUUGGCAGCUGCUUCUAGCAGCUAGCCUGUGUUAGUGGAUUAAUGGAUUUUGAUUUUGACCAACAGGGGACUAACUUUUAAUCCCAGCGUGUUCCUACAUCAUAGGACAUAGUGAGGAAAAACAACAGAAACUCUGACUAGUAGUAGUAGUUGGCAGGUGGCUUCAGACCUUCAGUUACCGCCCCUACUUCCUCUUGUUAAUAGCUGACCCUGGCUCGUUCGCUUUCAGGUGGCAGUAGUUACAUUGAGUUUUUUU